ACUUUAAGCUGUUACACUAAGCGGAAGAAGACGCUUCUGCGUGGUUUUGUCGCAUGGGUAGGUAGAAGUUAAACGUGUACCAGGAGAAAGUUAAAGCAGUGAGCAUUCGUCCGCGUAUUUUAUGUAUUUUAUGUGAGCAGUAUCUCACCCCCUCACACAGUUUAGUGCAAAGAGCACGUUUAAUGACGAAGAGGCUAACAGCCGUGUAUUUGCUAUAACUUCUUAAGAAGCUGUCAUCAAAUGGUUGUAAUGUCGAAGGUGAAAGACAAAAAAAAGCAUGCUUCUGAAAGACAAUCACAACCUGCCAGGAAACACACAACUGUGAAAAAGAAAAAGAAAAAUAAGUUGUGGAUACCAAUGGAGAAAGCUAAAGUUGAAAAAAAAUCUUCGACUAUUCAACUUACAAAUCCUCCAAAGGAUGAACAGCUUUUCUCUGCCAAUUGGAAGUUAUUACAAGAGACUUUAAAGUCAACUCAGACGAAGACAAAUAAGCCACAAACAUCAGAACUCUGCAAUGGUUCUCAGCAAGAAAAGAAAGGAAAUCUACAUCGGAAAAAUAAGUCCAGUAAGACAGAUUCAGGAAAAGUCGUCCAACACAAAACUUUUGCCGCUCAGGCUAAAAGUCCUGCUGCGUUAGAGACAAAACAGCCAUCUGCUUCUAAAAGGAAAAACACAUACAAACCAAAUGACGAGCAGACACUCAAGAAGCCGAAACUUGAGGCCAAAGUGACCAAACCUGCAGAAGUGGACAUUUGGUUUGAUGAUGUGGACCCUGAGGACCUUGAGGCGACUGUGGGACCGGAGGCGGCAGAUAUCAUGAGGAAGAAGAUGGGUGUUAAGAAAAAUCCAGACACAGAGGCCGCUCUGGUGAAGACAAAAGCUUUUGAAGGCCUCACAAAGGCUGUCGGGAUAGACUGUGAGAUGGUGGGAGUCGGUCCAGAUGGCGAGGAGAGCAUCUUGGCGCGUGUUUCCCUCGUCAACCAUUUUGGGAAGUGUGUUUAUGACAAAUACGUGAAGCCCACCGAGAAGGUGACGGACUACAGGACGGCCGUCAGCGGCAUCCGGCCUGAGGACAUCAUAGAUGGAGAGGACGUAAGAACUGUGCAGAAAGAAGUAGCAGAGAUAAUAAAGGGAAGGAUACUGGUGGGACAUGCGCUGCACAAUGACUUAAAGAUUUUGCACCUGGAUCACCCAAAAAAGAAAAUCCGUGACACCCAGAAGUACAAACCCUUCAGGAAGAUUGUCAUGAAAAACCGCCCGGCGCUGAGAGUACUUUGCGAGAAAAUACUCAAUGUCAAGGUCCAGCAGGGUGAACAUUCCUCAGUCCAGGAUGCCCAGGCCACCAUGAGGCUGUACACCAUGGUGAGGAAGCACUGGGAGGCUGAGAUCAAAAAGAGCCGCAGCGCCAACAACACGGAAAAGAAGGAGGAGCGCAAGCCCAGGUUGUCCAAGAACUCCAUCAAGUCCUGAUUCAGGUUUGUUCUUUUAAAGCUAACAGGGAGCACCAAUCAAGACACAGUUUUGUACUUUUAAUGGAAAAAGUGACUGAAAGGACAAAGACUGAACAUUCAGCAACUCAAGCCAUCGUGUGUGGAAACAAAUAAAGAUAAAUAAAGUAAGUGUUUGCAUAACCUGCAUCAUUUCAUCCAAUGCGGAUAUUUACGUUGAGCUCAUUUCCUUACAGUAUUUGUCCACUUCAAAAUACAAAAAUAAGACACCCAACUGCAUAUUACACUGUACUAUUACACUGCACUCAUGAUGACACCUGACCAUAAGACAACACUGAAUAUAAGACCACCCCUCUGUUCAUAAGAUCUGUUUUUGAACAAAAUUUAAGAAUUGAGUUAAUUAUGAAUGAGUUGUUAACAGUUGCUACAUCUGUGCCACCGCUGGUUCCUAUGUAUAAAUUCAUUCAUUCAUUUUCUACAGCUUUUUCCUCACGAGGGUCACGGCCUAUGUAUAAAUGUAAACUCCAAAUACAAGUCAACUUGUCUUUUUGGGCUUUUCUUGUAAAAAUACUGUCUUAUAUUUGGCCUACAAUAAAGUUACAAUAAACAAAAUGUG